GCAUCAGCAAUGGGUGCCACGGAAGAGACAUGGAUUGUUACCAGUCUUACUUCUUAGGGUAGAGCUAACAGUCAUCCAGAGACCACGAAUUAGCGAACACGCCUAGAGAGAAAGAGGUAGUUGACCUUUUUGGGGACCUCUCUUUAGGGGCCAUCACCUAAUCUUCCACGGUCAAGCCUCUCGAGGAGCACGAACCUUCUUCAGCAUUUCCAAAGGCAGAACUUAACGUACACGUUAUUCUCGAGUGGACCAAGCCAACAAGUUUGACUUGACUAGAGGAUGAGGUCCAAAAGAAGAUAAGGCAAGGACUACAAGCAUUUGCAGAAAAGCAUCCUAAAAGCUUCUUUCGUUGUUCAUCAAUCCUUUUGAGCAGCAGAAAAGCAUCUUUUCGUUUCAACUUUCCCCCUCAGAUCGCCAUGGGUAAUGGGCAGAGUCAGGGAAAUAGAAAGAGAGCAGAGGAAGAGAGCACUGAGGGAGCAUCCAUUCCUUCGUUCAUCUCUCCAGUACCCACAGAUGUAGGUUGCAGUCAAUAUGACGUGUUCUUAAGCUUUAGAGGCACCGAUACCCGCAAGGCAUUCACCGAUCACCUCUAUCAUAGUCUGAUCAAGGCAGGGACUGUACCGAUUUGCGUGUUCAGGGACGAUAACAGCAUUCCAAUUGGCGAGGAAUUUGGUUCACGGAUUCUCAAUGCCAUCGCACGGUCUAAGAUUUUGAUCCCCAUCAUCUCGGAAAAUUAUGCUUCGAGCAAAUGGUGCCUCCGCGAGCUCAUUCAUAUCAUGGACUGCAAGAAGAGCACGUCACGCAUAGUCUUGCCCAUCUUUUACAAAGUGGACCCAUCGGAUGUGCGGUAUCUAAAAGGAAGGUUUGGGAAGGCCUUCCAUUCGCGUAAGAAGCGUUUUGAUGAGAAGGAUAUUCAGGAAGGGCAGCGAGCACUUAGAGAAGUGAGUGACUUACAUGGAUGGGAAUCUGAGAAAGCUGCUAACGGGUACUUCACAAAACCUUUUUCUUUUUUUGAUAAGUAAGUUUUCUUCUUCAUGCAUAACCGAUGAAAUGCAGAUGUAUUACUUUCACUGCAAGCUCAGAAAGGAUCCCCAAAAUGUCCCAAUAAUGCCUCGAAGACUAACAAACACUAGUACUUCCCAAGAUGUCCUGAAAACUAAACCAACGACAACUUAAACCAAAGAUCCCGUAGCGCCCAAGAAUUUUACAUUUGUAUCCAUUCCAAAGCAAAAAAAAGAAA